AUGGCCAUCAUCGGCAUGUUUUUCCAGGACGGCCUCACAGGAUCCGCGUGGGGUGACUGGGCGAACUACACUGCCUCGCCGCUCCGAGCUGAGCCCGUCUCCGCUGCUGCGGCGGCUGCUGCGGCAAAGGCUGCCGCAGCCAAGGCGGGCGCUAGCGCGGGUGCGAAAACUGUGGCCGCCACCACCGGUGUGGGUGCGGGCACCGGCAAGUCUUUGAGCGGCGAGGACGAAGAUGUGCCACCUCAGCCUAGCUUCGACCCUGCCAACGAGGUCGGCGUGACCGAGCCCUUCGGCUACUUUGACCCGGCCGGCUUCUGCAAGAAAGGCGACCUGGCCGGCUUCCGCAACUUGCGCGCUGCCGAGAUCAAGCACGGAAGGGUAGCGAUGAUGGCUGCAGUUG